CAAAUGACAAUUUGCUGAAAGAAUGCUGUGUGGAGUUUCGUGUUUUUAUUUAUUACAUUUUUAGGAAAAUAAGCUGAAAUUAGAACGAAUUUCGGUUAGAUGGUGUAAAACCGUAGUGGUAUUAUUAAUACUAAGUAUUUCAAAGCAACACAAUGUCGGACGACGAGGUAAUGCGAUUUGAAAUUACGGACUACGAUUUGGAUAAUGAAUUUAAUCCAAACAGAAACAGGAGAGCAAAGAAGGAGCAUCAGAUAUACGGAGUGUGGGCUAAAGACAGUGAUGAAGAUGACAAUGAAGAUAAUAUCAGACAGAGAUCUCGCAAACCCAAGGAUUUCAGCGCACCUAUUGGAUUUGUGGCGGGAGGCGUACAACAGGCUGGCAAGAAGAAAGAGGAAUCUAAAGAGAUUGAAUCAUCAGAAGCAUCUACCUCUCGGCCAAAGUUUGCAGACAGUUCGGAUGAAGAAGAGCAAAAUGCACCAGAUGCCAGUGAGACUGCAGGUAUACGGAGACAGGGGCAGGGCAUGAGGCCAGCGAACCUCGGAGGCAAUGUCGGCACAUGGGAGAAGCAUACUAAAGGUAUUGGAGCUAAGCUGUUGUUGAAGAUGGGUUACCAACCUGGAAUGGGUUUGGGCAAGGACCUGCAGGGUAUCUCCGCACCUGUGGAGGCUACAGUGAGGAGAGGAAGGGGAGCUAUCGGUGCUUAUGGACCUGAGAAGGCUGCUCAAAAAGCUAAAAAAGAGGAAGAACUCCGCCGUCAGAAGGAGAAAGAAGAAGAAAAGGGUCCGAAAGAGAAGAAUUACAACUGGAAGAAGUCACACAAGGGCCGCUACUUCUACCGGGACGCUGCAGAUGUCAUACAAGAGGGUAAACCUUCGAUGCAUACUAUUACCAGUAACGAGUUGUCCCGCGUCCCUGUAAUCGACAUGACAGGCAAGGAGAAGCGCGUGCUGAGCGGGUACCACGCGCUGCGCGCCGCCGCGCCGCGCUUCGAGCACGAGCCGCGCCGCCAGUGCCACUACUUCGCCGCGCCGCAGCUCGUGCACAACCUCAUGCUCAUGGUGGACUGCUGUGAACAGGACAUAAUCCAGAACGCUCGCGAGCUACAAGCAGCGGAGGACGAGAUAGUAGUGCUGGAGAGAGACCUGGAGGACUGCAACACGAAGCUGCAGGAACAGGACAAAGUCAUCAACAAGGUGCAGGGCAUCCUGCAGCGCGUGGAGAUGCUCAACCAACCUGAUGUGUCGUUGGAACGCGCUCAUGAUGUCUUGGCUGAGUUGAAGGAAACAUACCCAGUAGAAUACGACAUGUUUGGCUUGGGUACGAUAGCGGGCAACAUAGUGAGUCCCCUGCUGAGCUCCCUGCUGGCGCCGUGGGAGCCGCUGCAGGCGCCCGACGAGCCAGUGCCCACGUUCCUCAAGUGGAGGACCCUCCUCACCGAGGAGGCCUACAACAGCCUGCUCUGGCAACACUUCGUGCCGCAACUUACUACCGCUGCUGAAUCAUGGAACCCCCGCACCCCGAGCCCGAUGCUGCGCGCGGUCCAAGCGUGGCAGCACGCCAGCCCCGCGUGGGUGACCCGCGCGUGCGUGUCACGCGUCGUGGUGCCACGCCUGCUGGCCGCCGUGCGGGCGUGGGACCCCACGCAUGACACCCAACCGCUGCACCACUGGGUGCUGCCCUGGCAUGACUUGGCUGGAGAAGCCCUGGCAUCAUCGGUGUACCCCCUGAUCCGGUCCCGGCUGGCGUCAGCAUUGGCGGGCUGGCACCCGGCGGACGGGUCUGCGCGCGGCGUGCUGGGCCCGUGGCGCGGCGCGUGGGGCGCGGCGCUGGCGGCGCUGCUGCAGCAACACAUCGUGCCCAAGCUCGACCACUGUCUCUCGCACGCGCCGCUCGACCUCGUGGGGCGGGAGAACACGGCGUGGCUGUGGUGCGUGGAGUGGAUCGACCUGGUGGGAGCCCCGACGGUGGCGGCCAUCGCUGCGCGCGCGCUGCUGCCGCGCUGGCUGGCCGCCCUGGCCGCCUGGCUCAAUACCAACCCGCCGCACGCUACUGUACUCGCCUCCUAUACUGACUUCAAGAAAAUGUUUCCAGAAGAAGUUUUGAAGGAGCCAGCGGUGCGGGACGCGUUCCGUAAGGCUUUAGACAUGAUGAACAGGAGCGCAGACAUUGACGCCGUGGAACCACCACCCCCACCACGCUUCACCAUGCCAGAACCUAAAGAAUCUUCGAGAAUAGCCGACGUUAUUUCUUCAAGCGCCCCCACAAAGAGUUUCUCAGAGCUAUUGGAGACUAGGUGCAUAGAAAAAGGAAUCACCUUCGUGCCUAUUGCUGGGAAAACGAGGGAAGGAAGACCUAUUUAUAAAAUUGGAGAUCUCCAGUGCUAUGUGAUACGUAAUGUGAUCAUGUUUUCUGAUGAUAACGGGCGGAUAUUCAGCCCUAUUAGUAUGGAUAAGUUGCUGAAUAUGGUUGAGUGAAAUAAUAGUAAUAAUAAAGUAAUUUUGUUUUA